AUAACAUUUUGUACACUAUUGUAUUCAAGAAAUAAAAUUUUAACUUGAAAAUGAACUCUUUGUUCCCAUUUAUAAACUCUCCACGUAACAUCAACAGACUUCUCACAGGAAUUCACUAUAUUAUUGUCAAAUAUUAAAAAGCUUAAUUAAACAAUUUUAACUUCUAACAGUCUUCUCUCUCUCUUCCUCUAAUUGGACACUGUAUUUCUGUUUUGUAUCUAUUUUGUAGUACUUUCAUCCAUCCACUUUAUAUAAUUCGUGUUUCCCAACAAGAAGAACUCCAAGGUGGUUUAAUCAUCAUUGUCGUCUUGGGCACUCGGUGACAAUUGAGAUACCCCCAAAUUUGUACGAAGACAACAAUUGGUUGGGGCUCGCUCUAUAUGCUUCUAUUUUAAUCCCCAGGGAUCAAGAAAAUGCAGUUUCAGCAAAUUCAUCUCACUUUCUAUAUUGUCAAUUCCAAACGAGUAAAGCUAGUCUAGACAAUCAAAUCCUUGUUUGCCGCACCACUGAUGAAGAAAACAACUGGUUACAUCUAUUCUUUGGACUCAUUUGGAUAUCUUAUAUACCUAGUGAGGCCUUGAAGGAUAUGCUGCGUCAAUGUGGCCACAUUAAGGCUUCGUUUGUUAGUGAUUGGCCAAGCGUGAUGGUGCAAAAAUGUGGGCUUCGUCUUUUGUACCAGCAUGAUCUGUCACAGUUUGAGCAACAACUAAAACAUUGCAAUGCUUCCAUUUCUGCACAUCGGGAUUUCAUAUGUCAAUUUAGCGGUAGUGGCACGAUACAAGAGGAAGGAUGGACGACGCAUAUGCCUAAAAUUCCUAACGAAGUUGUAUCUCCUCUCAAUAAAUAUGACCAGCUGGGUGGGCACUCUGAAUAUUCAUUUUGUUUUCCCCCAGUGGAAAUUUUACAUCGUUUCAAUUAUCAUAGUAAUGAGCCAUCAGUGAAAAUUGAUAUAUCCAAUACUUUUUUCAAUGACAACAAAUGGAUGGGACUUGUUUUGUGUGCUUAUUUUUCAAGCGAUAAGCAUCAAACUGCAAUUAUUGAAGAUCCUUCAUCGAUUUCUCACCAUCUUAUUUGUAUUUUGGAAACGGACCUAGUUGGUCCAGAGCUAGGAAUCUAUGUCCACCGCACCAGUAAAAAAGAUUUUACGUGGCUAGAUAUUGAGGGUGGAUUUCUUUGGCUGUGCUAUAUUCCAUAUUGUCCGUUUCUAGAUAAGUUCAAUGAAUGCAGUUGCAUCAAGGCUUCAAUUAUAAGCGAUUGGCCAGGUAUCAUUGUGCAAAAAUGUGGGCUUAGUAUCUACCAUAAGGGUGAUGAUUGGUUUCAGAAAAUAAUAGAUCAUUGCAUUAUGGAAAACCAACAUGAAUCUCAAUAUUUCAACGAUCAAUUAACAGCUCGUUAUAAAGUGAAAAGUAGUAGAGCUACGAAUCAGCUCUCCCAAAGCCACUUACCGGGCUUUGAUGGAUCCUGUGACUAUAAUUCUUGUUGCCCUCCAAUUGAAAUUCCGCGUUGGUUCAACAUUCGAAGUGACAAGUCCCACGUGACAGGCAGACUAACUCGAAAAUUGCAUGAUAGAUGUACUUGGCUAGGCGUUGCUCUAUGUGCAGUUUUUUUCGUUACAGAGGAUGUGGCUGGUCUCAAUGACGUUAUGGAUUCAAUAUCUUCUUGCAAACUUAUUUGUCACUUGAAAGCAAGUAAUGGCUUGAGUGUGAAACCUCGCCAUAUCCAUUGGCCAACUAAAGAAAAUCUCAUGAUGUCAGUGCUAGGUGGUGGAUUCACUUGGCUGACCUACAUACCACGUGGGUCGUUUCCUGAUUGGCUAUAUGAUUGUGCCUCCAUCAAGUUUUCAUUUCAGACAAAUUGCCAUUACUUGAAGGUGCAGAAUUGUGGCCUUUGUCCAUUGUACCAGCAUUCGGUGGAAGAGUUCAAGAACUGCAUGAAGUCCGAGUCUGAGUUUUUGGGCAUCCUUGAUCAAAAGAAGACUGAGAAUAUAAAUAGAAAAAUUUGUUCUGGGAUUCAGAAUGUAAUCCGCAAAACUGACACACUGGGCCGUGAUCAAUGCAUUUUCUAUAAUUCCCGUUUGCCUUCAAGUGAAUUUUUGGAGUGGUUCAGUCAUCGGAGCGAUGAGCCCCGGCUGAAAAUCCCUCUACCUCCAAAUUUGUACAAUGAUAGUACUUGGAUGGGUUUGGUUCUAUGUGCUUAUUUUGCUAUAGAUGAGAAUCCAACUACCCACUUUGACAUUCUGGAUUCAGAUAUUACUUAUGGCCUUGUAUAUCAUUUGCAAACCAAUGUUGGUAGUGUGAGACCUCUUGUCGCUUAUCACCUGACUAAAGAAAAUCUCGUGAUGUUACAGCAAGGUGGAUGCAUUUUGCUAUCCUAUGAAGGGCGUGGGUCAUUUCAAAAUUGUCUGAAUCAAGUGAGCUGCAUUAAGGCUUCAUUUAGAGCUGACUGCCCAGGUUUGAAGGUGGAGAAAUGUGGCCUUCGUCUUUUGUACCAUUAUGAUUUGGAAGAGUUUGAGCAAACAAUAAGCCAUAGCAGGAACUCCUCGUUGGAUGGUUGGGAUAUCAUCUGUCAAGGAACAUCUAGUAGAACCUCCAGCUCUAUCAGAAGGAAGUCUAAUUUUGGAAAUCUGAGGGGACCCAUUGAUCCUAAAGUCAAGGGCAAGCCAGUUCUGGAAGAAUAAUCUCUCUUAUUGGGCUCUUCCGUCUGAACUUAUUGGGUUGAGCUUGGAGUGAAAGGGACUGUCCUAAGGCUAAUCUAAUUGAUCCAUUUGACCAAACCUAUCUGAACCGAAGCAUUGAGGACUGUUUUGAAUGAAUGGGUCAGUUGAAAUUGGGUAUGGAGGUUCAAAAAAUAAUUUGGGUGGCUGGGCAGGUGGCGAGUUUAAUAGAGUUCCUAGGUUCUUGAUUAUGUAAAUUUGUCAGUAAAUGUGUAAUAUUGGAAGUAUAUUUAUGUUUUCAGUUGAUGUAAAUUUGUGUAAUUUUUUUGUCUUUUUGAUGAGAUUUAUAAAUUUAAAUGUCUUUUUUUGUUAAGAGUAAAUUUGCAGAGAAGUGAAGGUGAGCUUUCUAGAAGCAUUGAUAUUAAAUAGACCUGUGAAUAUCAUAAAAAGCAUCAAUUUUUUUUUUCUA